CCGACUUCAGAUUCCCCCAAACCCCGACCGCCGGCCUGGCGCGCGGCUGCGCCCACCGGCUCCGCGCUACCGCCGCCUCCGCCGCCGUCCCGCAGCUCCCCCGGCCUGUGGGCCCCGGCUAGUGCCCGGGCCGGCCUACCUCGGCCCGCGGCCCCCGCGCCCGCCGCCGCGCCGCGCCCGGGCCGGGCGUGGAUGGAGGGCUCCGUGAGCCCUGCCCGCUGCUCGGCGUGACGCGGGCCCCGCGCCCACCAUGUCCUACCCGCAGGGCUACCUGUAUCAGGCGCCCGGCUCGCUGGCGCUUUACUCGUGCCCAGCGUACGGCGCGUCGGCACUGGCGGCGCCGCGCAGCGAGGAGCUGGCGCGCUCGGCGUCGGGCUCCGCGUUCAGCCCUUACCCGGGCUCGGCGGCCUUCACGGCGCAGGCGGCCACUGGCUUCGGCAGCCCGCUGCAGUACUCGGCCGACGCCGCCGCCGCCGCCGGCUUCCCGUCCUACAUGCGCGGCCCCACCGCGGGAGACUCACCGUGGGAAAGGCGGCCACGGGAGGGCCGAGGGGUUGCCUUUGGAGGUUGCCUGCCAGGUCCCCGCGUACCCCACUCACUCGGCUCUUGUCGGUUCCAGGGCGCGCCCUACGACGCGCACACGACUGGGAUGACGGGCGCCAUCAGCUAUCAUCCGUAUGGCAGCGCGGCCUACCCGUACCAGCUCAAUGACCCAGCGUACCGCAAGAACGCCACGCGGGAUGCCACGGCCACGCUCAAGGCCUGGCUCAACGAGCAUCGCAAGAACCCCUACCCCACCAAGGGCGAGAAGAUCAUGCUGGCCAUCAUCACCAAGAUGACCCUCACGCAGGUCUCCACCUGGUUCGCCAACGCGCGCCGGCGCCUCAAGAAGGAGAACAAGAUGACGUGGGCCCCGAGGAACAAAAGCGAGGAUGAAGACGAGGAGGAGGGUGACGCAGCCAGGAGCAAGGAGAGUCUGGAUAAGUCGCAGGAGGGCACCGAGACAUCGGCGGAGGACGAAGGGAUCAGCCUGCACGUCGACUCGCUCACGGAUCACUCCUGCUCUGCGGAGUCGGACGGGGAGAAGCUGCCUUGCCGUGCCGGGGACCCCUUGUGCGAAUCGGGCUCAGAGUGCAAGGAUAAGUAUGACGACCUGGAGGACGACGAAGAGGACGAGGAGGAGGGCGAGCGGGACCUGGCGCCAUCCAAAGCCGUGACCUCGUCGCCGCUCACCGGCGUGGAGGCGCCCUUGCUGAGCCCUCCGCCCGAGGCCGCGCCCCGCGGUGGCGGUGGUGGCAAGACCCCCCUGGGCAGCCGGACGUCGCCGGGCGCGCCGCAGCCCGCCAGCAAGCCCAAGCUGUGGUCUCUGGCCGAGAUCGCCACGUCGGACCUCAAGCAGCCAAGCGUGGGCCCGGGCUGCGCGCCGCCAGGGCUGCCCGCGGCCGCAGCGCCGGCCUCGUCGGGGGCGCCACCCGGAGGCUCUCCCUACCCCGCGUCCCCGCUGCUCGGCCGCCACCUCUACUACACAUCGCCCUUCUAUGGCAACUACACAAAUUACGGGAACUUGAACGCGGCGCUGCAGGGCCAGGGGCUCCUGCGGUACAACGCGGCGGCCGCGGGCCCAGGAGAGGCGCUGCACGUGGCGCCCAAGGCGGCCAGCGACGCGGGCAAGGCAGGCACGCAUCCGCUGGAGUCCCAUUACCGGCCCCCGGGCGGCAGCUAUGAGCCCAAGAAAGAUGCCAGUGAGGGCUGCACCGUGGUUGGUGGGGGCAUCCAGUCCUACCUAUAGAAGGGCCAUGUGUACAGCAAUACAAGUAGGUGUCACAAUUGCUUUGGAAAAAAAAAAGUCAGCAGGCCAUUCUUUCUUCCCAAGUUCAUAAAUACACAGACGUAAAAAGCCGCGCUCACCCGGACCGCAUCUUGUGCCACUGUAAAGGAAGGAGCCGCAGAGCAUUGUCAACUCAGACUAACCGAACCGAACAGACAUUUGUUGGAUAGACGUGAAUUUGUUGGCAUAGUAUAGCUUCCCCAAUGUAUGUGUGACUUUUGAAAACAAUCUUUUUUCUCAGGAUAUCUUGAAUUGAUCACUUCAUUGCCACGGUAUAUAUGCUAUAGGUGUGAUAGGAUUUACUGUAAAAUUUAUUUGUAAAAGAUGUACACAGUAGAAAUAAAACGUGAUUGAAGAACUUGAGUACUUAAAAAGUGGAAACAAAUUUGAUAUUUAUUUUUAUAAUGAUAUAAAGCUUCUAGUAAUUUAUGCAAGUUGUAUUGCAAUGGAAUCUAAACUUUUUGUAAAUAAAUUCUGCCUGGUUUUUAUUUGAACAUUGCUGGUUAUACAAUCUUUGUUGGUUGUUUAACAAUAAUUCUUUACUAAUUUAUAUCUUAAAUUGUAAAUAAAAACAGACUAGACUACAGCAACAUGGUGUGUGGGGCUCCUUUUUCUUAAAAGAAUGCUUUGGGUAGAGAGCCUCAGGGAUAGCAGUGACAGCAGUCCCCACCCCAGGUGAUCUGACCUCAGGCUUUUUAAAGAUAAUGUGUAAAAUAACCUCCCCUUUCUGCUCAUAAAAAAAGGCAGAUGGAAGAGAAAUAAGCAGUAGGGAGAUAUCUGUGAUUUUUAAGUUAUUUAUAUACACAUGUAUUGCAAGGAAAUUAAAAUUUUGUGCUCUGAAUAUGCAAAAUACUUGUUAGUGUAAAUAUUUUUUAAGCUUGGCAAAAUAAAAUGACCUGACAUC